AUGUUGCGCAGUCUCAAGUAAACGAUUUCCCAACGAUGCGAAACAUCAACAAGCCGCUUUCGUAGACUGCGUCGCUUUUUAAGCGUCAAAAAAAAAAAAGCAUCAUCACCCUGUGUUCACUAUCGGGUGUACACAUUUGGACGAAAUCCUACUGACUCUUCUGAACAUGAGAGACUCUCAUGUAAAGGUUGAAAGCGGAGUUUUUUUGUCGUGCUACCUGGUGUGGUUUAGUUCGCAGGUUUAAAUCGAGUAGCGCUUGACAUCGCAUUCAUGGCCAGCGGCAGCAGCGGUAGUAGUGUAGACAUGGAUCCAGAUGUAGCUCUGAGGCUGUUUGAGGAGGGAGCCACCCUGGUGCUGCUGGGUGUUCCUCAGGGCACUGGGCUGGGGAUUGAUUGCAAGAGUUGGCAGGUGGGUCCACGCUUCCGGGGAGUGAAGAUGAUCCCUCCAGGCCUGCACUUCCUCCACUACAACUCUGUUAACUCACCAAGCUGUGGAGGAGAGAGUGGCCCAAAGACAGGCCUCUUCCUCUCUCUCAAACCCAGAGAGAUCCUGUUGGCUAAGUGGGAUCCCAAAGAAGAAGACCUGGACUUCUCAGCCUCUAAGAAUGAAGAGGAGGUGAGCCGCAUCCGGGCCAACUUGAAAGAGCUGGAUCCUUACCUGGGUCCCUAUCCGUACGAGUUGAUGAGGAAGUGGGUGUCCCUCACUGACCGCCUGAGUGAGGAGGUGGCCAAUAACCUGCAGCCUUUGUCUGGCAGAAUUUGUGCCUUCAGUGAUGUCAUUCCUGAGACUGAGUACAGACACACCAAAGACAGGGCAGAGCAGCCGAGGAACGACACAGCCUGUCAGAGCAUGAGAGAGGGACUCGACAGGCUCCCCAGGAUGAAGCUGAGGGAGGGGACGGAGUUGCGCUUCUCUGUUAUCCCCAAGAAGACCUACCCACCUGGGGCAACGCCAGCCGAGAUCACCCAGUGGAGUUUGGACCUGAGCUAUGCCCUGGAGACUGUAUUGGAGAAGAACCAUGAGCUGCAGCCUCUCAACCUGUUAGGUGAACUGCAGUUUGCCUUUGUGUGUUUCCUAAUUGGAGAUGUGUAUGAGGGCUUUGAGCACUGGAAGUGUCUCCUGGCUCUGCUGUGUCGCUCAGAGGAGGCCAUGCAGAAGCGUAAGGAACUCUAUCUGGGGCUCAUCGCUGUGCUCUAUCACCAGCUUGGAGAAAUCCCGCCUGAUUUCUUUGUUGACAUCGUGUCGCAGAACAACUUCCUCACUUCCACACUGCAGGACUUUUUCCAGUUUGUCAGUGGACCUGGUGUUGACAGCGUGCUGCGUAAGAGAGCGGAGAAGUUCAAAGCCCACCUGACCAAGAAGUUUUGCUGGGACUUUGAUGCAGACAUGGACGACUGUGCCCCCGUGGUGGUGGAGCUGCCUGAAGGUAUUACCAUGGACUGAAACUGCUCUGCUAUGGACCUAGCGUUCAUACUGGAAGCAUAAGCAGGGAUUAGGACUGAAGCCACCUGAAACUGAAGGAGAGCAGUGAAGCUCAAUAUCUAAUGCUUUAUCCAAAGGUUCUCAGAUGGCUUGAGAAAACUUUAACAGUGGGUUGAACAUGUACAUAAUUUGUACCCUGUUAUACAGAAAGCAAAGAUGUUAAUAAGUCCUUUUAAGUUUAAAGUCUGGGUGGAGCUGCGGUAUGUCAAAUUCCAGUGAUGCCCUCUGGUGGUGGUUUUCUCUAAGCUCAGCAAGCAUGUUGUCUUGCAUUGUUAAGUAGUUUUACAGCCACAGUUGCAUCACGUUUAUUGCCAAAACCAAUCCCCUAGUAUUUUUCCUUUGAUUUAAAAUAGCUGUAGAGUUAAUUAAUGGUUAGAAUUAUAAAUAAUAUACGUAAAUCUGAGUGACAGAGCACUUAAAUGUUGACCAUCACUGCCACAUAAUAACUGUAUGGAUGAAAGUGUUCUAUUUGUGAACUGCAAACUUAAUAUCACCCAACUUUAUAAAAAUUCUUCAAGAUAUACAGAGUUUAGUACUGAGUGACUGCAGUGAUUCCAUACUUCAUACAUUAAAGAUAAAUUUUGCUUUAUGUUGUUUCAUGUAUCCAUUCUGGAAAAUGGCAAUUAUGGUUUGUAAUGGUCAACUAGUAAAACAUGAAGAUCACAUGUCAGCUGUUUUAUUCAGAACCAUUUUUUUUCAGAUAACUUUCACUUUUCUAUCAUUUAUUGGAUCAAAAAAUUUCUUUAAUUAAAAUAACACAAA